AUGGAUGAAGCUCUCACUAAACCAAGAAAUGUUACUCACACUCUAUACAAACUAUACAACUGGAUGCAGAUGGGAAUGAUUGACCUCAACCCUGAGUUUCAAAGAGGGACAAAACAAUCGCAUUUGAUUGACUCUAUCCUAAAAAAUUUUUAUGUUCCUCCCGUCAUCUUCUCGUGUAAGAAGCUUGACAAUAAAAGAUGGCUGCGAGUGGUCAUCGACGGAAAACAACGAUUAACAUCUAUUAGAAGAUUUAUGGACGGAGAAAUUCCACAUACAAGUCCGUCAGAAGGUGGCACAUCCAAAAAAUACUACAGAUCAGUGUCAUCCAACUCCAGAUGCCUAUCAGACGCAGAGAGGGAACUUUUUGAUUGUUCAGAGCUUGUAUGCGUUGAGUAUUAUGAUCUUACGUUAGCUCAAGAGCAAGAAAUUUUCAGUAGAGUGCAGCUGGGAGUUGCACUGACAGCAGCCGAGAAACUACAGGCGAUCAGUAGUCCUAUGGCAGAUUUUGCCCAUAAUCUCUAUUCUACGUAUCCCACCUUGGCCACAAUCAUUGACACCCGGCGCGGUCGACCAUUUCAGUUAAUCACCCAAUCCCUGCACCAGAUUGAGCAUGCACCGGAAGUCUUUCGUGCCACACCUGUUGUAAUUCAAAAGUUUCUUAAAGACGAACGAGAAGUUCCAGUUGAGUUGAGAAGAGUAGCACGCAGGGUAUACGAUAUGAUAGUUAGUAUGAUCGAGGCAGAUGCCGAGUUGUUCCAUCGGGGACAUAGGCUUGCGCCCAUAGAGUUUGUAUUCCUCUGUUGGAUGAUUGCAAGAUUCCCCGGGCUUUCUAUUGCUCAGUACCAACAUCAUCUUCUUGGAAUGAAGGAUUAUGUGAGGGAAAGGCAUGAGGAUGUGAGAUUUAAUGGCAAGUGCUACGAAACUUUGAAAAGAUAUCUAGAUGAACUAGCCUAUGAGGUAGAAGACACCCAAGACACCACACCAGGAUAUACGGAGUAUGCAGUCGCCGAUCGUCGACGAAAGAAGAUGAAAAUCGAUGCUUCUGCAACUAAAUGA